GGACAGAGCGCUUUACGCUGUCCACCAAUAGUGAACUUGGGUCACCAAGGCAUUUAUAAUCCAUAUCCAGCAUUUGUUCACGCACAACUGGGUCGGUAUGGAAGAGGCAGACCUGGUCAAGGAGCGGCUCCAAGCCAUAACGGAUAAGAGGAAAGUCCAAGAGGACAUUGCUCAUAAGAAGCUGGAGAUUGACAAGGAGAAAUUAAAGCUUCAGCACUUAAAGAAAAAGUCCUUGAGAGAGCAAUGGCUCAUGGAUGGAGCAGCCAUCCAGAGCCCACAGCAGAGAGAGACUUUGAGGGGAGAUCAACAACAAACGAAGCUCCUCCAGACCAGCAUCCACAGGAUUGAGAAAGAGAUUGAGGCUCUGGAGAGAGAAGAGACGAUGAUAUCAAAAAACGAGGGCUUCAUACUGAAGAGACUGAAGGCUAUUGAGAAAACCCCUGAGGAGAUAAUAAAGGAGGCAAAUGAGAAUUUCAAAGAAGCUACUCUAGAUCUCCCAAAGUUCUACAAACCUCACAUUUCAAGCAAGCAGUCCUUUAAAUUUAAUAAGGACACACCCAAACAAACCAUGUUUGCAAUGGAGAUCAACGUCCAGAAGGACCUCCGUACCGGGGAGAGCCGGGUCCUGUCUACAUCCACCGUCACCCCCCAGGAGCUCCAGCAGAGAGGGGUUAAAGUCUACGACGACGGCCGUAAGUCCGUCUAUGCCCUGCAGUCUGACGGGUCUCACCUGGGGAAUGGAGUGGAUGAGCUCAGCCCUAUGGAGGUGGAGGAGCUGCUGCGAGCAGCCACUGAACAGAAGAAGUCUCAGAGAGGACCUCGGGGCCACCAAGGCCAUCAGGAAUCAGCACCUGCAUUUUCCCCCAACUAUAGCCCUCGGGGCCACCAGGAACCAGUACCUGUAAUUUCCCCCAACUGUGGCCCUCUGGGCCACCAGGAACCAGUGCCUGCAUUCCCCCCCAACUGUGGCCCUCGUGGCCACCAGGAAGCAGUGCCUGUAUUCUCCCCCAACUGUGGCCCUCUGGUCCACCAGGAACCAGGGCCUGCAUUCCCCCCCAACUGUGGCCCUCGUGGCCACCAGGAAGCAGUGCCUGUAUUCUCCCCCAACUGUGGCCCUCUGGUCCACCAGGAACCAGUGCCUGCAUUCUCCACCCCCUGUGGCCCUCGGAGCCACCAGGAGCUCAGCCCUAUGGAGGUGGAGAAGCUGCUCCGAAAGGCUAUAGUGCAGAAGAUGCCUCAAAGAGGAGCUUUCCCACAGGACCAUCAGGUUCACCAGGAAUCAGUGCCUGCAUUCUCCCCCACCUCCGGCAGGAGUGCCUCAGCCUCCAACAGGCCCCAACAGAGUCAUGCUAAAGUCCUCCAAGGAACCAAUGGGAAUGGGUAUCAGCCGGAGUUGUAUGAGCAUGACGUCCUCUCCAGAAAGGAGCUCCACUACAUUGAUGGAGUCCACUACUCAGGGCCGGAGAGUCUCUCCUCCUCCCCUCACAUUCCAGUCCCCUCUUUCAUCUGCAGGAAGGACGAGGAGUACUACCAGCCAACCAACGGGUACAACCAGAACCCUUUCUCCUACGGCGGGGAGUUUCACCCCACCCACAACUCCUACCAUAGCCCUAGAGAGAGCCAGCAAGGCGAGAUGUUUUACAACUCGUCGGCUAAAAAGGACCGGAAACCAUCUCCGAUCUACCAGGAAGACUUGCACUUCAGUAUCCUGAACGCCAUAGACACAUCUGAGCCUAUCACUGCGAUCUUUAUGGGCUACCAAACCGCCAAGGAUGACAGUGGACGUGGUCUGGGCUACGAAGGGUCCAUCCGGGCUGAGCUUGUCGUCAUUGGCGAUGAGGAUGGGGUGGAUGAGAGUAACCCUCAGCUUAACACCUGCAACCCGGAUGGAUACAACAACUGGGGUUAUCAUCACCCUCAACCUCAACAGAAAUUAAUACAGUACAUGGCAGAGCCCACCGCUAAUAUUAACGCUAACAAUGCGUCACCGUACACAGCGUCAAAGAAGUUGGUCUACCCUGGUCAACAGGCCAAAGAGGCAUGCUACCCAUAUUCAGACGGACAGUUGGACGGGAUAGAGAAGCACUCAGCCCCAGCUUCAAGUACGUGUAUGGAGAAACCUGAACAGUUUGUGUAGAAAUACUCCAUGCAAGACUCAUCAACCCUUCAAGUUCCAUGACGAGAAGGAAGAAAAACAUCUUUGCGCAACACAUUCGACUAACACCAAGCACACUUCUGUGAGGCCAUCAAUAGCUUAAAUCAAAACUUUAUAUUUGGAUUCUAAAUAUAAUUCUCAAUAUAAGGUUCUGUUUAAAAGUGGUAAACAUGUUUGCUCAUAAUGUUUCCUUACACAGAGUAUUAGAGCUUAAAAUAUACCAAUGAUGUCAUUUUGAGAAGGAACAACCAGUCUAAAACAGACUUUUGAAGGGAAUCGCUCAUCUUAAAUGAAAAAUCUGCUCAUUCAAUGUUCCUGAAGAUAUCAGUGCAUUUGAUGUUUACUCUCCAGCCUUUAUGCUGCUGCCAGAUAUAUUUUCCUCCUCUACUGUAGGCUACUAGCCAGCACUUUUGAUAUGCUAAUAAACCUUUUUAGAGUGCCUUAAUGUAAUUUGCUGUUGAAACUGUAACCUGCUUGCAUAUUUAUAAAAUAUAAUCAUGCUAACUAAAUAAUUAAAAAGCUAAUUGUCACACAA